ACUGAAAAUAAUUAUAAACGAAUUUUAUUCAUUAAAGCAGGGGCCAACUUGAGAAUUUAGUAUGUAUUUUUACGUUAUAGCAGGAUGGGAGAAAUUGACAUUAAAAACAUCGUAGUUAAUUCAUUUUGUUUCCAGAAAUAGCUCAUCUAACUUUUGCAGGAUUGCUUCACUAUUAUCUAAAAAUUAGGAAAUAUAUGAUUGCGAUUGGUCUGACCCUCACCAUUUGACUUGCCUGAAAGUUGCGCGCCGCCAUAAUGAAGGCUAGUUUUGAAGCAAAUUUCUACUUCGCCAAUGGUUAAAGCAGCCAGUGUUAACACCAGCAAAGUCACUGAACCAGUACUCCUGAAAAGUCCAUUACCUAACACCCGGAAAAUGGUACAAAAAUCAGCCCAUACUUACAUUUUAUCACAUACCGUACACUUGACAACAAUUGUAAACUUAAUAUAAAUUGAUUAUUUAUGUCCGAGUUCUGCUUCAGAUUAGAUAUUGUUGAUUAAAAUUGCACUUGUAAAGUUGAGUAAAAGCAAUAGUGAUUGGUGUGAUUGACAGAGCACAAAAGUCUACAUUAUGUGAUGUACAUAUGCAUGUACAUCACAUGAAUGUUCCAGGUAUAUUCUGGGAAUAUCAUUUUGCUAUGUGGGCAUUUAAUCAUUUUCCACAAUUAUUGUAUUAUACAUUAUAACAUCUACUUUGCUUCAUGGGAAUGCAGACAGGCAAAUAUUUAGCGUGUGCUAAUUAAUAACAUCAACAUUGGAUGGUAGUUUGUAACUGUAUGUAUAUGUCCUGUUAUCCUAAACAGGAGUACUUCUACAAAAUAAACAGUAGCAAUGAGAGCCAUCAGCACUAUACUGGUUUUCAAUAUAUUGGCAAACGGUUUGCAAGCCGCCGAUGUGGCGACUAAGAUUCAGAAGGAAAACGUUCUACUAAGCAGAGGAAAGCGGUACGUGCAAUGGCCCAAAGGCAGCAAUUUUGUAAUUAACUUUACUUGCACAAAACCGCUUCUACGUUACCAACCGCUGACUUGGAAUACCGUCUAUGAAAUGGAUAUUCCAUUUGCUGCUUUAAUAGAGACCAAAUCGUUUUUUGGUCAAGCUUCAAAAUCAAAACGGCACGUUCUGGAAAGAAAAAAUUUACUUGGGCAAUUGGAGGAUUUAAUGUUUCUGAUGGGCCUAAACGGACGGGCGUGUGUGAACAGACUGUUGUGUGAAUCAAAAAUAUUUCUGGAGACAAAAGAAAGGCCAAUGCUUAGAGAGUUGAUUCGGGUGUUGUUUAGCUCCUACAUGGAUGACGAACUGCUGAAUGGAUACAGUGACCGAGACUGCGAUGCCGAUUUCAGUUUGUGUCCGAUGUCAGUGUUGGCUCUCUUCGUAAAUUCAACCAAUGAGGACAUUAACUCCUCUUAUUUCUCUGUGCGCCAAUAAACAAAAAUAUGUACAAUUUUGGUUGUAGUGUAUUAAUUAACUUAUUUCCUAUAAUUUGCAUUUGAAUUGAAGCAAAAGCAGAUCGCCGACCUAUGUAUAUGUAGUCAAUAAAAAAAGUCCAUACA